AUUUAUAGGGUACCGAGUUAUUCCUUCGUAUUCGUGAGACUCCGGUCAUUUUCCAUUUUGGAUUUGAGAAAUUAGUGAGUGAAAAACAUCGAGAAAAUAGUCAUUUUGUGCCCCAAACUUUCGUCAUUCCAACCCAGUCAAUUGUGCCAAGUGCUUUAAGUAUUGGAUUGUGCAUAAAUUGUGUGAAGAAAAAUGAUGUCUUACAAAAAGCUAUCAGAUUCUGAACAUUUAUAGUUCACACACACACAGCUGUGUAUUUUUCAUUGUCCUCCAUUGCGCAUAUUUACCGUUUUGCUGUGUGAAAUAUUUUUCUGGGUGAAGGAAAAAAGUGAAGCGCCCCUUGGGACUAAUUCAGUGGAUUAGUGAUUUGAGAGGGUGAUCGAAGGUAGCCAAGACAAAAAAAAAAGAUACAAAAAGAAAAGUGUGAAGGUCACAGGGAGACACGAACUUUUGUGGUGCGCACAAAGAGACUUCUCAGUGGCGGCGCCCCCCAAGUGAGUGUGAAAGAGACAGAGAGAAAAUAUUUAUUGAGCACUGUGUUGUGUGUGAGCGAGAGAGAGGUAGCUCUGUUGUGGACUUUUAGUGCUGUAAUGAGCCCGAAAUUGACAAAAUUGCGAGAAAACAAGCGCCAGAACGACAAUUUUAUCCACAUAGCAUCGAUUAGGAAGAGACUUUGCAUACACCCGGCCACAAUGUUUAGAAAUUUGCCCAUUGUUACGCCACCCGGAGACAAUCUGCCGAUAAAUUUUCAGCUGCCCAUCAGCACGAGAUUCCCGGCCAGGAACUAAACUCCCUAAACGGCAAUAUAUAACGACCCCCAGGUUCAGGGCGAGUCCUAUAUAUUAAGGUUUAGUGGCUGUAUUGUCUGUAUUUUUAAACAAAUUGCAUCGUAAAGAGUGCGAAAGAGAUCUUAUUGUUCAACAAGUCACACAAAACAGUUCAAAGUAAAUUGUCUUAAAGCAAAUAAAAGAAGAAAAAAGAAAAUUUCUCAACAGAAAAAGAAAAAAGAAAUACAGAAAUCCCCAAGAGACACGCAAAAUCCCCUCCUGGACAGUAUGAAGUUGCUGGAAAGCUCACGCUUUGAGGCAAUUAACAAUGCCUUGUCCAUCAAGAAGGGCGACAGCACCAUUGUGGGGCGCAUCGAGAGCUACUCAUGCAAAAUGGUGAGUGCUGACAAGGCCCUGUACAAAAGAUUCACCUCUGAGCAGGCUGAUCUGCAGGCCCUGUCGCCUCCGCAGACUCUAAUGGACCUCUCGCCGGCCUUCAGUCGCGGCGGUGGCAGUAUGUCCGGUGACGAAGGGGUCAUCCUCUGUGACACCAUCUCGAGGAAGACCCUCUUCUACCUCAUUGCCACCCUAAAUGCAGCUUUUGAGCCCGACUACGAUUUCUCCGACGCCAAGAGUCAUGAGUUCAGCAAGGAGCCAUCCCUGCAAUGGGUGAUGAAUUCCGUCGAAGCUAAUUUAUCGGCUGUGGCUGGUGAACAGUAUCACGGUCUCCGUUCGGCUCUCUGGUCCGCUGUGGACGACGAGAUCAGCCUAAUGGACUGUGAUAUCUACAGCUACAAUCCCGAUCUCAAUUCUGACCCAUAUGGUGAACCUGGAUGUCUCUGGUCCUUCAAUUAUUUCUUCUACAACAAGAAGCUCAAGCGCAUUGUAUUCUUCACGUGUCGCGCGAUGAAUCAAUUUUGCGUGAGGGAGUCUGGUACUUCAAGUGAUUUUGCAAUGGAGGAUGGCGAUGAUGAUUGCUACUAAAAAGAUCAUAAUUUCCAAGUUGUUCGAAAAUCAGUUUAUUUUCCCCGAAAUUUUUUAACACUUAAUAACAGAAUUUCCUAAUCAUUCUUUGCUAGAUCUUAAGUGAUUUUUUUUGUCGUUCAAUUAUUUUUGAAACCUUCAGGCGUGACUUUAUUUUCUAAAGAAACAAAAAAAAAUAUAUAAAAUGCGAAAAGUGAAUUUUUGUGAACAAUAUCAAAUCUUUUUCCCUCCGGCUCAUUUUGUGACGGAAAAGCGGGUGAGAGCCGCGAUGUGAGAAUUUCCGUCCCGAGAUGUGCGCGAUGCUGGCGUCAAAUUAACUGCUGAAAAAUUUGCUUAAUACUUAGGGAUGUGUUUUAUGUUUAACAUUAACUUUAUAAUGAAAUAAGGAGAAGAGAAAGAAAGAAAAAACAAACAAAAUA